AUGCUGUGGACACUGCUCCUCGCGCUGCUGGUGCUCGUGCUGCUGCAGACUCAGCUGUCAAUGUGCCUUAGGGAGUUGCGCUCCGGGAGUCCCAGCCCUCACUCCUCCUCCUCAGCCUCCUCUCCUGCUCCCCAAAAUGGCACCCUACAGCGUCUGCCUGGGGCCAUCAUCAUCGGGGUGAGGAAAGGGGGAACCAGGGCCCUGCUGGAGAUGCUCAACCUGCACCCAGAUGUGGAGGUGGCAAAGGCAGAGGUACAUUACUUCAACGUGGAGGAGCACUUCCACCGUGGACUGUCGUGGUACCGCUCCCAGAUGCCCUUCACCCUCCCCAGCCAGCUCACGGUGGAGAAGACCCCCGGAUACUUCUCUGCUCCCCUGGCUCCUGCUCGCGUGUGGGACAUGAACCCGGCCGUGCGCCUGCUGCUGAUCGUCCGAGACCCCGCGGAGAGGGUGGUAUCCGACUACACCCAGGUCCUCCACAACCGCCUAACCCGCCACAAGCCCUACCAGCCUCUCGAGGAGCUGCUGCUGCAAAAGGGACACAUUAAUCCCAAAUAUAAAGCCCUGCAGAGGAGUCUAUACCACCAGCACCUGUCCCGCUGGUUAGAGGUCUUCCCCAGGGAUCAGAUUCACGUGGUGGACGGCGACGCACUCAUUCGAGACCCAUUUCCAGAGCUCAAAAAGGCUGAACGCUUUCUCCUACUGCCUCCAAAGAUUAACCCCAGCAACUUCUACUACAACACCACCAAGGGUUUCUACUGCAUGCUGACUGCAGGGCAUGACAAGUGCCUAGAUGAGUCAAAAGGCAGGCCCCAUGCCCCUCUCAGCGUCCAAGCCUUCAAGCAGCUUUGCCACUACUUCCGAAAACCAAACAAGCUAUUCUUUGAAAUGGUGGGCCGGUCUUUCUCCUGGUGCUGA